CGCGUUUGCAGAGAUGGAGGUGAACCGGGACGAGGCGGAGCGCUGCAUCGACAUCGCAGCGGAGGCUCUGGCCCAGGACCAGCCCGACAGAGCGCGGCGGUUCCUGGAGAAGGCGCAGAGACUGUUCCCGACGGAGAAAGCCCGAGCUUUACAGGAGCUAAUCGAGAAGAACGGAUUCAGAACGAGGAAUAACAACCACACGCACUUCAGCUCGACGCCAGAGCCGAGACAGAGACACCAAAGUCCUCGAGAACAUCCAACGUCUCCACAGGAUCCAAAACUGGACCAGGAGAGAACAUCAGAAAGCCCCAAGUCCUACACGGCGGAGCAAGUGGAGGCGGUCCGCAGGGUGAAGCGGUGCACGGACUUCUACGAGAUCCUGGGGGUGCAGAAGGACGCCUCCGAGGACGAGCUCAAACGCUCCUACAGGAAACUGGCUCUGAAGUUCCACCCGGACAAGAACCACGCGCCCGGGGCAACCGAGGCUUUUAAAGCCAUCGGAAACGCGUACGCCGUCCUGAGUAACUCGUCCAAGCGCAGACAGUACGAUGAAUACGGCGAGGAGAGGACACACCCCCACAGGCCAGGGACCAAUCACAACACGGCGUUUGAAGCGGACAUCUCUCCUGAGGACCUGUUCAACAUGUUCUUCGGAGGAGGAUACCCCACAAGUAACGGUCAUGUGUACAGCCACACCAGGACCAGAUACCAGAGACCUCCUCCCAGAAGAGAACGACAGAGAGACGGCGGCCUCGCUCUCUUUGUUCAGGUGAUGCCGAUCCUGAUCCUGGUCAUUGUCUCUGCUCUGACUCAGCUGAUGGGCCACAGUCCAGCGUACAGCCUCAGCUACAGGCCGUCGGCCGGUUACUCCCACAAACGUUUGACGGAGAAGCUGAGGGUGCCGUACUUCGUGGGGGAGCAUUUCUCUAAAGAAUGGAGCGGAGGACACCUGAAAAACCUGGAGCGGAGUGUGGAGGAGGACUACAUCUCCAACCUGCGCAACAACUGCUGGAAAGAGAAACAGCAGAAGGAGGGCAUGUUGUACCGAGCGCGAUACUUUGGGGACUCGGACUUGUACGAGAGAGCUCAGAGGGCUCGGACACCCAGCUGUGCCAAACUGUCGGAGAUAUCGGCGUCUAUCCACUGACAACGAGCUCCGAAACAACAUCUACGACGCAUCGACAGGUUUUUGGAGAAACACGUUGAACUUCAGGCUGUAAAUACAAACGCACUGGACUCGAGGAACCUCCUGUGGACUUUAGCGCCACAUUAAACCCACUUAGGCUGAUACAGACGCGACUUUAGCUGUUCUUCCUCUUGCUACAACUU